GGAGCCUGGCUGCUUGGGAGAGCUGUGACUACCAGUGUGCUCUACACAGGAGAACCAGUGGCGACUGGGUUGACUCAGCUCCACGUGUUGCAUCUUGUCAGAGGCUGCAGCGACUGGGCGGCAGACGCCAUGGCAGCCCUCCUGGUGGCGCUGGUGCUGCUGCUGUGGGCCGGGCCGGGCUGCGAUGGAGGCCGGGUGCUGGUGUACCCGGUGGACGGGAGCCACUGGGUCAACAUGCAGGUACUGCUGAAGGCGCUGCACGCGCGGGGGCACCAGGUCACCGUCCUGCGCUCCGCCACCAGCUGGUACGUCUCAGAGCGCUCUCCCCACUACACCUCCAUCACCGUGCAGCACGACACCGCACAGACGAUCGAGAGCGAGGAAUCGAUGACCCGCUACCUCCAUAGGUCUCUGGAGUUCCGCCAGAAGAGCAGCUCCCCUCUGGCCUUCCUCGCUUUGUACUCAAACUUCUUUAAGUUACUGAGCGAUACCAACAUGGCGUCGGCCCAUGUGGCACGCACCAUGUUUAAAGACCAGGUACUGAUGCAGAAGCUGCGGGAGGCCCGCUUUGACCUGGUUUUGACCGACCCAGUCUUCCCCACCGGAGUGCUGGUAGCCCACUACCUGCAGCUACCCCUGGUCCUCAACGUGCGCUGGAUAGUAAACGGGGAAGGCCACUUUGCCAUCACCCCCUCACCGCUGUCCUACAUCCCCCAGGUGUUCUCUCAAAACUCUGACAGGAUGGACUUCCUGCAGCGGGUCUCCAACAUCCUGUACCAUGGGCUCAACCAGUACAUGUACUACUUCUACACCAACCCUCCAUACGAGGCCGUGUGCCAGGAAUUCUUUCCCCCAGGAGUUGAUGUCUUCUCGCUCACCCAGGGAGCCGACCUGUGGCUGAUGAGGGUGGAUUUCGUCUUUGAGUUCCCACGCCCCACAAUGCCCAACGUAGUGUACAUGGGUGGGUUCCAGUGCCGCCCCGCCCAGCCCCUUCCCCCCGAACUGGAGGAGUUUGUGCAGAGCUCCGGGGAGCACGGGGUGGUACUCAUGUCCCUGGGUACUCUGCUCGGAGGCCUUCAGCCCCAUUUUUCGGAAGUCAUCGCCUCGGCCUUUGCCCGCCUGCCUCAGAAGGUAUUGUGGAGGCACCUGGGGGCGAGGCCCUCCACCCUGGGAAACAACACCCUGCUGGUGGACUGGCUUCCCCAAAACGACCUGCUUGGUCACCCCAAGACCCGUGCCUUUGUCACACACGGAGGCACCAACGGGAUCUACGAGGCCAUCUAUCAUGGUGUGCCAGUGCUGGGCCUCCCGCUCAUCUUCGAUCAGAUGGACAACAUGGUGCGCAUGGAGGCACGGGGUGCGGGAAUCACCCUGGACGUGACGUUGCUAGAGGUGGACUCUCUGACCCAGGCUCUGCGUGACGUCCUGGACGAGCAGAAGCCCUACAGGGAGAACAUGCGCAGGAUGUCCCGGCUGCACCGUGACCGGCCAAUCGAACCCCUGGACAGCGGCCUCUUCUGGAUAGAAUAUGUCAUGAGGCAUGGGGGAGCUGCGCACCUGCGCACCGAGUCUUACAGGAUGCCGUGGUAUGCCUACCACAACCUGGACGUGCUGGCCUUGCUGCUGGGCUCAGCCAUGGCUCUCCUACUGCUCAUCAGUGUCACCUGCAGGUGUCUGUUUCAGAGGCUCUGCAGGGUCAGGAAAGUCAAACAGCAGUGAACAUCACGCUGCCUCCAUGUGUCCUCAGGGUAGAUUGUGGGUGCAUCCUAACGCUUGAAAAAAAGUGGAUGUGUCCCACUAUUUGAAAAAAUGUAAGACACCAAAUCUAAGGCUAGAACUGCAAGAGAUAAGAGACCAGGGGUUCUCAGUCUUAUCCAGAAAGGGCCAGGGUCGGUGCCGGCUUUCAUUGCAGUAGUACACCUGAUACUGUUAAUCAAGGUAAAGCAAAUACUAGUAGUUCAUUCUGAGAAACAGGGAUUUGUUUCAUAAAAGUGAUUUGCAAGAAUUUUCACUCACAGACCGCAAUAUCUUAUCAAAAUGCCUCACUUGCAAAUCGCAAAUAAAAAGAUUUCUAGAUUAAUUUUGGAAUAUCGGUGUCUGACACCCAUGGCCUGCCCACAACAAUGCUUUGCACAAAUGCAAAUGAUAGCCAAUUUACUGAUUGCCUACACAAAUGCACUUGCGACAUGGGUUUGAGGCUUCCACAUGAAACUCUCCAAAAAGUGCAGGGGAAAUCUAUUUGAGUCACAUUUGGUAGAUCUGAGUUUGCACAUUGCAACUUUUGUAAAACAAGCCCCAGGUGUGUAACUGUUUAUUUUCAAUGAAAGCCUCCCUUUCUGGAUAAGAUUGAGGAACCUCAUCACAGACUAUGAUCAUAAUGCUGAGGAGAACAAUGGUGGUUUAGUUGAUGCUGUACUCUAGUUUCUGAGGCACGAUACUUCAACAUGUUCAAUCAAACAGCAAAAGUAAAGAUAAAUUUGGUUUAUUCUUUAUGUGCAUGGUACGUUUUCUCUCGUUCUCAUAGACUGAAAUGAGAUUGACAGGCAUAAUUCAAUGUUUUAAAUGGAUAGUUCCUGGAGUUUUAAAUAUAUAUAUAAUUUCAGUUUUAGUAUAAGUUUUUGAUUCUGUGUGUUAAAAAAAUCGAAUGACUCUAAAGCAGCUUGCACUGUGACAUUAUAUCAUACUCCAGAGGCUACACACAUUAGCAAAUUUUACAGCAUAUCUUCAUUAUUAUAAACAUAAAUACAACUGCAAUUGUUAAUUAACGGGUAGAAGCAUCAGGCUACAAUUAUUUAUUUUUAAGCUGCAAGGAUGAAUGGUAUGGCAUGGUAUUCCCUAGCUUUGAGAUCAACAUACUGUCAGGGAUGUGGGACAGAAGAACCAAGAGCAGGGAGAAGGUGGAAAAAAAAGGCAGGCUUUAAUGAACACGGGGCAGAUCCAAAACACAAUCCAGAAACAGGCAAUGGUCAAAAUCCGCGCAGACAGGUACAUACGGGAUAAUCCAAAACAGAGUCGAAAAACCAGGCAGAGAUCACAAACCAGAACAAACCAGACAGAAUUACAGGAGUAAAGGCACAGGGUGAAGGCAUGGGAUACAGGGGUGAAGGCACGUGGUACAGGAGGCUAGAACCGGGAACAGGACAAUACAGGGAUAGACGCAGAAUACAGGAUAUGAAAAACUAGGCCUGAGCAAACAAAACAGACAGGUAUAUAUGCAACAAAUAACAAGCAAAAACAAGAAUCAGGUGUGUGAACUGGGGAACAGAUAAGGAACAGGUGAAAUUAAUGACAAGAGACAAAAAGGAAGUACAUAUAAGGAGAGGGAGGCAGAGACAACAAAUGGAGCACAGGUGAAACAAAUGAAUGAGAGGGAAUGAAACUGAAAACACACUAUGGUGGUCACAAAGCCAAAAAUGCUAUGGAUCGAGAAACACAGAUGGCCCAAAGGGCACAGAUACGUUUAAGUUUCAUGAUGAAAUCUUCGCCAUCGCAAAGCCUGGCUGAUGGUAACCAAAUCUUGUUUUUGGGACAGCUGCUAAAAUCAGUUAUUAUAGGUUUAGUGGAUAAUGAUGCCUUUACAUGCACAUACAGAAAGAAUCCAAAUUUAAUUUCCAACAUUAUAAUGCAGAACUCAUAGCCAUCUAUGUAGUUGGCCCUGCAAAGCCCUUUCAGCCAGAUUAUAGCAACAGCAGUGCUGUUUGAGAGUACUAUAGUCUGGCUCUGGCAACAGGGAGACAUCUAAAAGAUCAACCCCUGCUUAUGAAUGGUCAAGAAUACACAAGAGGUUAUACAUUGUACAAUUUAACCUGGAGCUAGAUGAAGGAUGUCAUCAGCACCUCUGCCUAGUCAAGACAGGCAACAUGAGACUGGAGAUUAGAUUCAAACAAGCCCUUACCGGAACUGUACCGCCUGAGCCAAUGCCGCCCUUAUCUUGUUAGCUCGGUGCGGACAGAAGUAGUGAAUUCUUUGAUUUCUACGGUAACCCUCCCGACUUUGAAUAUUUUCCCACCAGCAAAAAUUAUUUUCCGGAACAGAACUGAGAACAAAUGUCAAAUUCAAUACUCUCCAGUGAUGUCACUGGACGUGUUUGGCUUGAAUCUCCAGCCUGUUUCCCAAAAGGUAAUGGGCAGUCAAACUCCACCCUUGAACGCAGAGACCGGUUUAUGGAUGGCCACCCAUCCAGGCGAUCACAUGACACUAUGGUAUAUGAUCACAGGACCAUAUACCAUACAAAUAUGGUAACCUUAGCAUACAAAUAUCACGGAACGUACCUUGGCUAGCGUGAGUGAUGUGACGGUAUUUUGGAAAUACAUGUAAACAAAUGUGUUAAAAAUAUGUCAUCAUGUAUCCAAUUGUAAACAAUUUUAA